AUUAUACUCACUUGUCUCCUGGAUCUCUCAUCCGAACUAAGCCCUUAGCAGGUGUCUUUAGGACAAGUGCGAGACCUCAGUUCCCCGCUACCUAAAGGGAUUCAAAAUCUCGACCGCCGGUGGUCUAAACUGUACAAGCUCACCGCUGUCCAAUCAGAGAGAAAAUAACUGAUAUGCAAAUGACGUGUAUCAUCAAGUUGGCGGUGGAGGAACCUCCGAGUACGCCAGCUGCGGAGCAACUAAAACUUCGCAAAUAAGCUUGCCCAAACCAAAAUAAUUCAGCAGUUAUUGCUGUUUGCAUGGGAGGAUUGUUCCACCUCGGAAUGCUUUGGAAUGUGGCACAGAGCUAUCUCAUCACUCUACCUUGAUGGACGACAUGUGUUCCUGUAGCCUUUGAGGAUUUUGGCCAACGACAGCUAGAAGCUGGCUGUCCUUUCUGAGGGUACUGGAAACACCUUGAGUUGGCACGAUGGCCGACCCCAUGAUGGACUUCUUUGAUGACCCAAGCCUGUUUGUCGGAGGGCUGGAUGGGUUGUCAGAAGAGGGCUUCACGGCGGGGCCUGUGUCUCUGGUGGACGAGCUGAAUCUGGGCCCCGAGUUUGAGUCGAUGCAGGUGGACCUCUUGGCUGCUGGGAAGCCCACUUGCUUGGACCCCCACUCAUCCUCUACUUCCUCACACCAAGGCUUGACCUUUGGGCAUCAAGCGGACCAUUUAAACACCACGCCGGCCAUGCACCCAAUUGGGCAGCUGUUGCCUGGCACUGAGCAUAGCCGUGGCUGCGGCACGUCGGCUCGGAACCAGUUCCACAUUUCCUCCGCUCAGCAGGUGCACCAGUCUAACGGGCUGUACGCAGACAGCAGCCCCAUGUGGGGAAACCAGAACCACAGUGGGAGUCACUUCCACCCCUUGCCACAGCAGCUGCAGCAGCAGCAACAAGGUCACCACCAACACCUUAACCAUCAUACCCAGUUCCAGAGCUCCCAGCAGCAAUCCUCUGCCCAGUCUGUGCACCAACAUGGAAAAUCUUUCACAGACCGUAGCCACUACCAACUUUCCUUUUUUCCAAGGAACCUUGCUGAGAAGCAGCAGCAGCAGACCCAUCAUAACCUUCCUCACGCCUCACAGCUCUACACUGAGCAGAACGAAGGGCCGUUUCACCAGAGAGGCUCCCUCAGUGCCUUGAACCAGCCCAAGUCCUACCAGGAGAUGUGCAGCACAUCAUUCUCAGGUGGCCCCGAGCAGCAGCAGAAUGGGAUGCAGAGCUUCCAAGGGGGUUUCCUGUACCCUGCCCCACCAGCGAACAUGGCCCCACAAUUCCCCAGGUCAUCUGCACCUGCAUCACACUCCCUUCCAUCCUGCUCUGUGAGCUCUAGCACCGCCUACUCCCAGUCACCAUACUCCUUCCCCAGACAGCUGGUGGCGGAUGCAUGCGGGUCUUCAUCUUCUGCUCUGAUGCCAGCGAUUACCAACGUCCCUGCCAGACCUGCAGCUCUGCGCUCAUCUGCGCCCAAAUUCUUAGGGGCUGGGGAUACCUUCUCCUUGCUCCCCGGGAUGGGGAAGCAUCAGCACCAGCAGCAACCGCUAGCCAUGUGCCUGGGUGGAGAGUGCCCUUUCCCGGCCAUGCAAGCUCAGGGAAAUUACAGCCACCAGUCAGAGAUUUUACCUGAAGGCAAUGGCUGCCUUCCUGGCACUAUGAGCCAGGUUCAGUCGAACCAGCUAGUGGAGCGCAAGUCAGUCUUAUCGCCAGCAUCCUGCAGCAAUGGCUAUCAGGCUUUGGAUGAGAACCUGCUGGCAGAGGCUCACAGUGGAGGGUUUGAGGGACUGGAGACCCCGGAUCUCUUAGGAGAGGAUCUCUUGCCCCAGCUUGAAGCUGCCCUGAGUCAGGAUACCGCUUUGAAACAGCUGGAUGAAUCAAAAUUCUCCUGGACAAAUGGCUGUCAGGGAAAAGAAGUCCUCUCUGUCUCCCUCCCCAUCAUGCAGCCCCCUAAAAACACGAAUGGUUCCAGCAGCCACCCACGGGUCGCCAGCCCUCCGAUGAAGAGCAGCUCGUCGUCCUCCUCAUCCUCCUCUUUCUCCUCCUCCUCCUCCUCUUCCUCCUCGUCGUCGUCCUCGUCGUCGUCCUCCUCCUCCUCCUCGGACAAGCGGGGGAGGAAGCAGCAGCAGCAGCAGCAUCAGCAGCAGCAGCAGAUGGAGGUGGGGCCUGAGGACAAGCAGCUGAAGGCCAACCGGAUCAUCUCGGAGGCCAUCGCCAAGGCCCGCGAGCGGGGCGAGAAGAACAUCCCGCGGGUCAUGAGCCCGGAGAGCUUCCCCUGCUCGUCGGACCACAGGACGCACGGUGGCGGCGCUGGCGGCGGCAAGCCCCGGCCCAAGGAGAAGGCCUCCAAAAAGGCCAAGAGGGCCAGGAUCGUACCCUCCUCCAGUCCCAAACAGAAGGCCAAGAUUGGGAAAAUAGUCAUCAAAUUCGGCAAGAAGAGAAAGCGGAAGAAUGAGUCAUCGGAGGAGCCAUCUGACAACGAGGCAUCAGCUCGACGCUCCUCCAAGGCCGACGAAUCGAAGAGACGGUCCAACCGGCAGAUAAAGCGCAAGAAAUACGCGGAGGAGGUGGAGUGCAAGGUGUCCGACGAGGAGGUGAAGGUGAUCGUCAAGGCCAAGAAGACCACCCCAGCCGCUCGCAAAGAGCCCGCGGUGCAGCUGUUUGUGGAAAACCCCAGCGAAGAGGAUGCUGCUGUUGUGGACAAAAUCAUGUCGUCUCGAAUAUCAAAGCGUGAGGUCUCUCCUGGAGUUGUGGUCGAAGUUGAGGAGUUCUAUGUUAAAUACAAAAACUACUCCUAUUUGCAUUGUGAGUGGGCUACAGAACAGCAGCUGGAGAAGGACAAGAGGAUCCAGCAGAAGAUCAAACGCUUUAAGAUUAAACAAGCACAGAGAGCUCACUUCUUUGCUGAUAUGGAAGAUGAACCUUUUAACCCUGAUUAUGUGGAGGUGGACCGAGUACUAGAAGUGUCAUACUGUGAGGAUAAAGACACUGGAGAGCCGGUGGUGUACUACCUGGUGAAGUGGUGCUCCCUGCCGUACGAGGACAGUACGUGGGAGCUGAAGGAGGACGUUGACCAGAACAAGAUCGAGGAGUUUGACCAGCUGCAGGCAGCUCAGCCAGACUCCCGGAGGGUGGAGAGACCGCCCGCCAGCCACUGGAAGAAACGAGAGCAGUCGCGACAGUACUGCAACGGCAACACCCUCAGGGACUACCAGCUGGAGGGACUCAACUGGCUCUUCUUCAACUGGUAUAACAGGCGGAACUGCAUCCUGGCUGACGAAAUGGGCCUGGGAAAAACCAUCCAGUCCAUCACAUUCCUGGAGGAGAUCCACCGGAUGGGGAUCCGGGGCCCCUUCCUCAUCAUCGCCCCGCUCUCCACCAUCGCCAACUGGGAGCGCGAGUUCCGCACGUGGACCCACCUCAACGUCAUCGUGUACCACGGCAGCGCCGUCAGCCGCCAGAUGCUGCAGCAGUACGAGAUGUACUUCAGAGACUCCCAGGGUCGUGUGAUCCGUGGGGCCUACAGGUUCCAGGCCAUCAUCACCACCUUCGAGAUGAUCCUGGGCGGCUGCCCUGAGCUCAACGCUAUCGAGUGGCGCUGCGUGAUCAUCGACGAGGCCCACCGCCUCAAGAACAAGAACUGCAAGCUGCUGGAGGGCUUCAAGCUCAUGAACCUGGAGCACAAGGUUCUUCUGACGGGGACUCCUCUCCAGAAUACGGUGGAGGAGCUCUUCAGCCUCCUGCACUUCCUGGAGCCUUCCCGCUUCCCCUCGGAGACCACCUUCCUGCAGGAGUUUGGUGACCUGAAGACGGAGGAGCAGGUCCAGAAGCUGCAGGCCAUCCUGAAGCCCAUGAUGCUGAGGAGACUGAAGGAGGACGUGGAGAAGAAGCUGGCGCCCAAAGAGGAGACCAUCAUCGAGGUGGAGCUCACCAACAUCCAGAAGAAGUACUACCGCGCCAUCCUGGAGAAGAACUUCUCCUUCUUGGCCAAGGGUGCCGGCCAGGCCAACGUGCCCAACCUGGUCAACACCAUGAUGGAGUUACGCAAGUGCUGUAACCACCCCUACCUCAUCAAAGGGGCUGAGGAGAAGAUCCUGGAGGACUUCCGGGAGGUGCACAGCCCCACAGCACCAGACUUCCACUUGCAGGCCAUGGUCCAGUCGGCGGGAAAACUGGUCCUCAUAGAUAAGCUGCUGCCCAAGAUGAAGGCCGGGGGCCACAAGGUCCUGAUCUUCUCCCAGAUGGUGCGCUGCCUGGACAUCCUGGAGGACUUCCUCAUUCAGCGAAGGUACCUGUACGAGAGGAUCGACGGGCGCGUGCGGGGGAACCUUCGCCAGGCCGCCAUCGACCGCUUCAGCAAGCCCGACUCGGACCGCUUCGUCUUCCUGCUCUGCACCCGAGCGGGGGGGCUGGGCAUCAACCUGACCGCAGCUGACACCUGCAUCAUCUUCGACUCCGACUGGAACCCCCAAAACGACCUGCAGGCCCAGGCUCGCUGCCACAGGAUCGGGCAGAACAAGGCGGUGAAGGUGUACCGGCUGAUCACGCGGAACUCGUACGAGCGGGAGAUGUUCGACCGCGCCAGUCUCAAACUGGGCCUGGACAAGGCCGUGCUGCAGAGCAUGAGUGGCCGGGAGAACAGCAUGGGCGGGCAGGCCCAGCAGCAGCUCUCGAAGAAGGAAAUCGAGGACCUGCUGCGGCGGGGGGCCUACGGCGCCAUCAUGGACGAAGAGGACGAGGGGUCCAAGUUCUGCGAGGAGGACAUCGACCAGAUCCUCCAGCGCCGCACCCAGACCAUCACCAUCGAGUCCGAGGGCCGCGGGUCCACCUUCGCCAAGGCAAGUUUUGUGGCCUCCGGAAACCGAACGGACAUCUCCCUCGAUGACCCCAACUUCUGGGACAAGUGGGCAAAGAAGGCAGAGAUCGACGUGGACAUGGUGAACGGCAGAAACAGCCUCGUCAUUGACACCCCUCGGGUGAGGAAGCAAACCCGGCCUUUCAGCGCCACCAAAGACGAGCUGGCCGAGCUGUCGGAGGGCGAGAGCGACGGCGACGACAAGCCGAAGCUGCGCCGCCCGCACGACCGCCUCAACGGCUACGGCCGCACCGAGUGCUUCCGCGUGGAGAAGAACCUGCUGGUGUACGGGUGGGGUCGCUGGAAAGACAUCCUCCUCCACGGGCGCUUCAAGCGGCAGCUGACCGAGCGGGACGUGGAGAUGAUCUGCCGGGCGCUGCUGGCCUACUGCCUGGUGCAUUACCGCGGCGACGACAAGAUCAAGAGCUUCAUGUGGGACCUGAUCGCGCCCACCGAAGAUGGGCGCACCAAGGAGCUGCAGAACCACCUCGGUCUGUCGACACCUGUGCCGCGGGGGAGGAAGGGGAAGAAGAUGAAGAGUCAGGCCAGCUCUUUCGACAUCCACAAGGCCGAGUGGAUCAGGAAGCACAACCCCGAGCACCUUCUUCAGGACGACGGCUACAAGAAGCACCUCAAACACCACUGCAACAAGGUCCUACUGCGAGUCAGAAUGCUUUACUACCUGAAACAAGAAGUGAUUGGAGACCAGUCCCAGAAAGUUUUAGAUGGCGGGAACUCCAGUGAAAUUGCAGUCUGGGUUCCAGAGCUGGACCAUUCCGAGCUGCCAGCCCUCUGGUGGGACACAGAGGCGGACAAGUGUCUGCUGCUGGGGGUUUUCAAACACGGGUACGAGAAGUACAACACCAUCAGAGCGGACCCGGCUCUCAGCUUCCUCGAGCGGGUGGGCCGGCCGGAUGAGAAGGCCAUCGCCGCCGAGCAGAGGGCCAACGACUUCAUGGACGGGGACGUGGAUGACCCAGAAUACAAGCCUGCCCCCGCCCUGCUGAAGGAUGAUAUAGAGGAUGACGUCUCCUCCCCUGGGGACCUGGUUAUCACCGAUGCUGCCGGAGAAGGUGCCGUGGCGAUGGAAGGGGACGCACUGUACUGGCCCACCCCUUCCGCCCUGACCGCCCGGCUGCGCCGCCUGAUCACCGCCUCGCAGCGCUACACCAAGAGCCGCCAGAUCCAGCACAUCCACCAGACCCAGCAGGCCUUCCUCACCCCACCCUGCGCCAUGCUGCCCACCCUCAAUGACAACCCUAAGAUGGCCGCCAAGAUCGAGCGGCAGCAGAGGUGGACCCGGCGAGAAGAGGCUGACUUCUACCGCGUGGUGUCCACCUUCGGCGUGGUGUUCAACCCGGUGAUGGGCUGCUUCGACUGGACCAAGUUCCGGGCCAUGGCUCGCCUGCACAAGAAGACAGACGAGAGCCUGCAGAAAUACCUGUGGGCCUUCACCGCCAUGUGCCGCCGCGUCUGCCGCCUGCCACCCCGGGAAGGGGAUGGGGAUUUAGUGGACCCCUCCCUAGCCAUCCAGCCAAUCACGGAAGAGCGGGCGUCGCGCACCCUGUACCGCGUCGAGCUGCUGCGGAAGGUGCGGGAGCAGGUGCUGCGGCACCCGCAGCUGUACGAGCGGCUGGCGCUGUGCCAGCCGGGGCCCGACCUGCCCGCGUGGUGGGAGCCCGGCCCCCACGACCGGGACCUGCUGAUCGGGGCGGCCAAGCACGGGGUGAGCCGGACAGACUACCACAUCCUGCGCGACCCCGAGCUCUGCUUCAUGAGGGCCCAGAGCCGCUACAGCCAGCUCCCGCACCAGGGCCAGCCCCGCCCGCCAGACCCCAGGGACCCCAGGGACCCCAGGGUGCCCCGGGAGGAGGAGCCCCGGACCCUGCCCAAGGCGGAGCCCAGCUCCGAGGAGGAAGCCAGGGAGGCCAGGGGGAGGCCGGAGCCGUGGGGGCCACCCGAGCCCUCGUCGACUCCAAGCAGCUUGGACGACGGGGCAGGGGCAGGUUUGGGGGUGGGGAAGGAGGAGGGCGAGAGGCGAAUGGUAGCUGCGCGGACAGAGCCUCUCACGCCAAACAGCUCCGCCUCCAAGAAGCAGAGGAAGCCGGGUAAGAGAGGCUCCCGGGCGGCCCGGGGGGGCUCCGGCUCAGACUCGGAUGGCUCGUCCUCCUGCUCGUCCUCGCGCUCCUCGUCCUCCUCUUCGUCCUCGUCCUCCUCCUGCUCCCGCUCCCGCUCGGGCUCCAGCUCCUCGUCCUCCUCUUCGUCCUGCUCGUCAGGCUCGUCGUCCUCCUCUUCGUCCUCGUCCUCUUCCUCUUCGGCAAACAGCGAAAGCGAGGGAGAGGAAGGUGAGAACAGGGCACCGGCGGUCCCUAUGGUGAAGGGCUUCGAUGAGGACAGCGUGGCGUCCCUCAGCACCACGCACGACGAGACGCAGGACAGCUACCUCGCCGAGACGAGCCUGCCCAACUCUGCCCACCCUUUCCCCGGAGGCUACAUGCUGGCCGCCUCCUACUGGCCAAAGGAUCGUGUCAUUAUCAACCGGUUGGACAGCAUCUGCCAGGCCGUGCUGAAGGGGAAGUGGCCGGCGGUCAGGCGAAACUACGAGGGAAACGUGGUGUCCUCCUUUUACACCACGAAGCUGCUGGACAGCCCCAGCAGCGCGCGGGAGGACCCCUCCGCCUCCCCGCAGAUGUCAAAGCAGGAAGGUGGUUUGAAGCUGACUUUCCAGAAGCAGGGCUUUCCCCAGAAGAGGCCCCUGGAAGGUGAAGAGGGGGCCCUAGGCCAGCAGCAGUAUCUGGCCCGCCUGCAGGAGCUUCAGAGUGCCUCCGACAUCAGCCUGGCCGACUUUACCAAGCCCCAGCCCAGCAUCGCCCAAGGGCUCCAGGGACAGAUGAGGGUGAACGGGGUCAUGGACGGCCAGCCGGUAGUGAAGAGGAGACGAGGAAGACGGAAGAACGUGGAGGGGGUGGACUUCCUGUUCAUGAACAGGAACAGAGCCUCAACUGUCUCAGAACAAAUGACCAGCGUGUGGGGCGGUAGCACCCAGUCCAGCCCAGCCAUGCCCCCCGGGCUGGGGUACAGCCAGGGCCAUGGGGUCCUGGACACUGAGAGCAGGGUUCCUGUCAUUAACCUCAAAGAUGGCACGCGGUUGGCGGGAGAUGACGCGCCCAAGAAGAAAGACUUGGAGCAGUGGCUAAGAGAGCACCCAGGAUUUGUGGCUGAUGUUGGGGCCUUCAUCCCUGGCGUCAGCAAGAUGCAGUUUCAGGACGGGAGGCCUAAGCAGAAGAGACACCGCUGCCGGAACCCCAACAAGAUCGACGUGAACAGCCUGACGGGCGAGGAGAGGGUGCAGAUCAUCAACAGGCGGAACGCCCGGAAGGUGGGCGGUGCCUUCGCCCCCCCUCUGAAGGACCUCUGCCGCUUCCUGCAGGAGAACCCAGAGUACGGGGUUCCCCCAGAGUGGGCCGAUGUGGUGAAGCAGUCGGGUUACCUCCCAGAGAGCAUGUUUGACCGGAUCCUGACCGGGCCCAUCGUGCCGGAAGAGGUGAGCCGGCGCGGGCGACGUCCCAAGAACGCUGCAGCCAAGGCGGCCAUGCCCGCCAACGCUGCUGCAUCCCUGGCCCUCAACCCCCUGCUGGCCAACGGGCUUCUCCCAGGCAUGGACCUGUCCAGCCUCCAGGCCCUGCAGCAGAACCUCCAGAGCCUCCAGUCACUCCAGCUCACCGCCGGCCUCAUGGGCCUCCCGGGCAGCCUCUCCGCCGCCGACGCCAACAACCUAGCCGCCAUGUUUCCCAUGAUGCUCUCGGGCAUGGCCGGGCUGCCCAACCUCCUGGGCAUGGGCGGCCUGCUGGGCAAGGCCCAAGAGGGCGCCGCGACGCCCGAGGACAGCAAGAAAAACGGAGGCGCGAGAGGAGGCGGGGACCCCCCCGCCCCCAAGGGUCCCUCGCAGACCGCGGACUCCAAAGGCGAAAGGACAGAGGGCCAGGACCCCGUCGACCCCUCAACCUCCUCCAGCGCUGCCACGGCCCCACCAAGUGCUUCUACCACCACCACCACCACCACCAACACCACCGCCACAGCCUCCAACCACCCGUUAGCACUUAACCCCCUGUUACUCUCUAGUAUGCUUUACCCAGGAAUGCUUCUCACCCCAGGCCUUAAUCUCCCCAUCUCAACACUGUCUCAGUCCAACACGUUCGACACGGAACAGCAAAGCGCGCACAAAGACCCAGAGGUUCUCCCGACUCCCUCUGAGGACACUCCCCAGGGGGCGGGAGAGGAAGAGGAGGGGAGCGAGAGGGAGGAGUCCAGGGAGGAGCCCAAGGGACAAAAGGAGAACAGUGGCACGGAAGGCUCCGAAAAAGCCGAGUCGUCCUCUUCCGAAUCAGACAGCUCCUCUUCCUCGUCUGAGGAUUCCGACUCUAGCGACGAAGACUGAUCCCUGUAUAAUCCCCUUAUAAAUAUAUACAUACAUAUACGAGUUACUCUGCACAUACAGUGUGUUUUUUUCUUUGUAAAUACCUAAACUUAAAAGUGUUGUAAUAAAGAAAAGAAAAAACUGAAAAAAGAGAACCGCUUCUAGAGAAACUGAAAUUAAAUUUCAGUGUUUGUUCAAAGGUACAAUGUUGUUUUGAGAGACAUUUGGCAUGUAAAAUUUACUGGAUUUCUGAAAUUUGCAGACUAGUGUCAUACAAUGAUGUACAAUUGCAACAAACAAAAAAGGCAUUAUUAUAAUUAUGUUGGGAUUUAAUUUUAUAAAAAAAAAGAAAAGAAAAUAAAGCUCAAACCAAGCUUUACAUUUAAUAUAUUUGGAGUGGCAGGAAAAGUAAAAAUUUAUAAAUAUUUUGGUUUAAUUUGUAAAUACUUUGACAGGUUCCUUGACACUUCUGAUUUACAGAUGAAACUUUAGGAAAAGUCAGCAAUAACUCGGGCAGCUGAUGAAUGUCACAGAAGCUGUAGAUUUUAUGUGGCAAACCGUUUCUCUUCAGAUGCUAUUGUAGCUGCUCCCAUUGAAAAGUGAGCGCUUUGGCCACCAUUCUCCUCCAUUGGUCCCUUGUUGUCCUCCCCAGAAAAUAGGAAGUGCCCUCAGCAGUAGAAUGGAGAUCUACUGGUACACACACAUAUAACCACACACACCCACACGCACACUUGUAGGCUGCGAUUCAGUCAACCUUCGUCCUUAACUUUGGCCAGUGCUGAAUACAGGCCAUAGUAUUGUGACAGUUAGUGGUCUUGCAGGAACAUCCAGAUUCUUCACAGUUGACAGUGAAUUUUGUUGUCAGAAUCCCAUUGAAAUCCGAAGAGACUGUGGCUAUAGAAUGUGUGCUAAGCACCCGCUCUCAGUGGAAGCAAGGCUAAAGGAAACGCUAUCUGGUGUUUGUGGCGCACUGCUGAUUACAUUUCAAAUUCAGGUACAAUAGUGUGUUCUGAAGAGUCAUAAGUGGAAGACAAUACUCCCUUGCGGGGCUAUCGCUGGCCCUUACCUCAGCUGAGCAACGGCGUGACGUUUACUGCAGGAGGCAUCGGUUUGCGGUUCAAACGACAAAAGCCCUUAUGUCUCGUUUUGUGCUGCAUUGUUUUUUCAGACAUUUGAGAACAUCUCUCCAUGUAUGUCUCCCAUUUGUCUGUUAUAUUCCAUCUGCUUUUACAUUUUGUUUCCAGAGUUGUUCUGAAUGACCAGAUGCCCUGUUCUGUAGUACUUUGCUGAAAUAUUCAUUUGAAAGCCAAGGAUGAGCUUUUUGAUUCCAUAUUUGAGUGUUCUCUGGCUCCCAAGAGAUGGUGUUAAAUGAGUCAUUUUAUCCAGGACUCAGUCUGCCCUUCAUAAAUGUUGACUUAUGAAUACUGUUUCUAAAGACUGAACCUUUGGUCUCUUCUUUCUUUUGUCACUUAAUUGGCGUUUGAAUACAAAUCCAAGUAGUUGAUUUGUGAGAUAAACCGAGAAGCCCUUUUCACUAAUGGAUAAUUUCACUCUCUUAAUGGCAUCGCAAGAUCUGGGUCAUGAUAUUAAUUAAUUACCCUGUUGCUGUUCAAACAAUGCAGCCAGAAUAGUGAAAAAAUUGGAAACAAUUCAGAUUUUAGUCACGACCCCCUCAAAAUGCUGUCAACAGUUUGACUGGUUUUUGUACAGCAGUAUUGCAGUACAAAGUGAGCGAAAAGUGUUUGAAUUAAGUAUUUUCAGCGUAAGGCUUUGCAGAAUCAAGGUCAGAUUAAAAGUGUGUGGUAUAUUACCUUGCACUUGGAUACUUCAAAAUGCAUAAUUCUGUACUGACUGGUCUUAACCAGGCAUUGCUGGGUAAAUCCAUUCUCAUCUUACUCAAUCAGUCAUUAAUCUACUGACUAGCUGCGUUCCAGGUUUCUCAAAACAGUUUCUUCAGUUUGGCUCGGUGUUGGACAUUGAUUGCAUUUGUCAAUUCGGCUGUGGUCAGUAUUGUGGGGAAAUGUACCCACUUUGUGGUAUUGAGUAAUUAUGUGUGUUCACGCCCUUAUAUCUGUGGACAUCCCCAAAUUUACUGGUCUCCCGAGUAGCUCAAACUAUGUAGAAUAAUCAGGUGAUCAAAGCUGUGUUCAAUGCCCUGUUGUCUUCCCUUUUAAGAUGACACUCGCUCUACCUAAUGUAAGCACUGAAGUUGGCUGCAUGCUUUUGUAUUAUGAUAUACAAAACAAACUCAAAUGUCAAGUCAAUACUCUGAAUCAGAAUCCAGGGAACAUGAAGCGAGUUGUAGAGUUUGUUUUGCUUGCAGAAGAAUGUAUCUUUAUAAUGACCCUCUUGCUACUCUUGCUAAGGUGAGUAAGCCUUUUAAAAGGGCUCCAGCUGUUUGUCCAAUUGGCAUCUCAUGUCCCCGCCUGCAUUUACCCCAGUGCAGGGACUUCAUAUGGGUUCAGACAGCUGUGACUCAGACUGCCUUAGACGCUCGGGCUACAUGCGUUUUCUGGUCUUAGCACAAAGAAGUGUUUACCGACUGGCCCUUGACUGAAUGGCACUUGGAGCCCACGAUAUGGUGAUCAGGUCAUGAUCUAGCUCCAUAGAGUGAGUUUAGAUCUCUGGAUAUGCAUUACUCUAUACAGUACUGUGUGCUUUGUCAGCCUUGAUAUUUAUCUCUCGUGAAUCCAACAGCAGAUCUAGAAGCUACCUUGCGCUGUACCUCAGAAUUUGGAUUUCGUACACACGCUGAACCAGGUCUGGAAAUUAGAUCCACCAAUUUAAACAUUUUGAUUUUUGCUCCUUUUGAUUAUAAGUAGUUGUUAUAAUGGGGGCAUCAUGAUUUUGGGUGUUGCUACUGGAACUAAGUAGUUGUAACCUUAUUUGAUAUAUAGCAAGACACCAUACUGUCUGCUAAGCCACUUCCUUCAAAUAUGUUCAGUUGACUGGAAUAAUUUACAGGUCAUGAAAGUGAUAAUAAAGCAAAUUGAAGCUUUGUGAAUAAUAAAAAAGUGAAUAAUAACAUGAAAUGUUACCAGGGAGAGCAUGGCUGAUUGUGGAUUUAAGGUGGAAAAUGUACGGUGAUAUUAAAAGAUCAGUAUUCAGCUCAUUUUUGUCAAUAUCAAGACAUGCAUUUAACUUUUGAGAACUGAUGCAUUCAAUUCAGUUUGAUCACAUGGAAACCAUCCUUCAAGAUGGAAGCUCAGAAUCAACUGCUUCGUGUUUUUGCCUGUGUGAAGGACUGACAAAGAAAUGCUGUUAAAAUGAGUUUUAAGGUCAGUACUAGCAGGGCUGACUAUAGGCUGCCAGACGUAUUUAUAAAAUCUUCCUCGUCUGCUGUGGCUGUGAUGAGUUGUAGCUGACGUUCUCUGUGAAGAACCAGAUAACAGGUCUUUGUUUCAAAGUAUUUAAUUCAGUGACUGUAGGAUAUUUCCAUUUGCCUCUCUUCUGGUAUCAUUAAAUUGAGAAUUGUGAUUAUUCUAUAUGAUGUACAUGGUGCACUGUAUUUUGACUGGAUGGGGCUUUAUGAAAGCCUUUACAACUACCCAUCUAUGAUCUUGGAUCUCUGACAAACCACAAGAACAUGUAUUAGAUUUAGAUUUUUGACAGCCUUCCAACCACACAAUCCCAAGCAGUGCCCUUAGGUUGUCAACCAAUCAUUUCUUCUUCCAGGAUGUUGCUUGCAGCUGUGUACAGUGGAUGCUGAGUGAGGACUUUGGGUCUCAUUUACAGUAUGUUACUUUAAUGGGUACAUCAGUAAGGAUCAGAAAUUAUGGCGAUAGUUUAAGCAAGGUUUGGCUAUGAAAGAAUUUGUAUCAUAUAAUUUAAUAUCUGGGUAGUGAGUCUCCCUGUGGUACAAGCAAGUUAGACAGACUUAAAGUGACAGGCAUAAGGAAAUUACAACCAAUAUGCAAACUGAAAAGGAAACAAGACACUAAUAGAACUGAAUUUAAAAUAUUUAUGUGAAGUAGUGGCUGGAAAAUGCUAUUGCCUUGUAUUUGUAUUUUUGUUCUAAGCUUGAUAAUAUCUUAAGUCAUUUUGAGGUCCACUUUCUCUUAUUUUCUUCCUUUUUUUGGACAGUUGCAAAACCUGCAAGUUGUGGUCUGUGUAGUUAAAUAAUGCUUUAUGUAGUGGAGGAAAAACGUCUUAAAAAGUCAUUUGUAAUUUAUUGAAUUACUUUCUAUGAAGUUCUAUAGAGGAAAUGGAAGUUUAAUUAUUUUUAUUAAACAUAUUCUUUGACUAUC